UUAGUUCAGUGAUCACGCCACGCUUGACGUUUAGCCAAGUGAGCCACACUAGAGGCUGUCAGACAAGACAAUCAAAGUCAGUGGAGCAUCGAACAGCCGCGGUAGCCUAGAUUAGGACGUUGCAGAGUGAAAGUUUGUUUCUGGGUUGCACUCCCGUCUUGGUGACCCUGAAAAACGAAAACAUUUUGUUACAAGGAUUUCAGUCGUCAAUGCAGAUAAGAAUAAACACAGUAAGAUAACUGCAACCAGAGUUGUGUUUACCAGCAGCCACACAAUCUAUCAGGCCGUGUUUGCGGGCUGACUUGGUCGAACUAGCGGGCUAGUUUGAUAGCUUAGCAAGAUAGCCAGUGUUAGAUAGCCCACAUUAUCUGACUGGAGAUGAACGUUGUUACGAGAAAAGCAAUUGGGACAAAGUGAGAGCGCUUGGGAGCUGGCUAACGUGAGAUUAUGCAAUGCCGUCAGCUGUUUCAGGUUCAUUGCAGGAACAGCAUAGAGAUACUCCCGUAACAGAACUGAUUUUACUGUUUACUUAGAUCUGUAUUGAGCUAACUUGGCUAUCUUUGGACUCGAAAACUUCCCGUUGUUUGGCAAGCAAUAGGAACUCGACACAUCAGGGAGGUCAUGCACAUCACUCGAUAAUGAUGAAGACGACCAUGAUGAUGAUGACGACAAUAAUGAAGAUGACGACGAAGGGCUGUGAGCUCUAGCCACCAGACCUGUCAGGAGGCCGGUGGAGGAGGCGCAGCUGUCGCUGCGGACCAUGGACGGAGCGGAGACGCGCGCGCUGGGGACGCCUCGGACGUCUCCGCGGCCGGAGCACAGUGCUCCCAACGCUGUGACAUCAUCCCCUGCCCAGGGGGAGGAAGGCUGGGUGGAGGGGGGAGGAGGAGGAGGAGGAGGAGGAGAAGGACCAGGCAGGGGUCUGGGCGGCGGCGAGUCGCUCUCCUCGGACUGUGGGGGGGCGUCGGACCUGCAGGAUCCGGGCUCGGGCGAGGAAGGGAGCGAGGUGGAGGGCAGCGAGGGUACGGAGGUGUCGCCUGUAGGCAGCAGCAGCGGUGGCAGCGGUUGGGGCGCCAGCUUCCUGAAUGGGCACAGGGAAGAAGAGUGCAAGCAGGAGGAAAAUAACAACAGCAACAGUGGUGGCAGCAGCGUCCGUACCAGCCCUGUACCCGCCAGCACCACCACCACUGCCACCACUGCCAACACCACCACCACCAAGAACAACACCACCACCACCACCAACUUCACAGAUAUGUCUCAGACACCGUCUCUGUCUCUGACGGAGCAGCUGCGUCUGGGUCGCGAGGACGCAUCUGGGAUGGGCAUCAGUGUGGAGUGUCGUAUAUGCGGAGACAAGGCCUCUGGAUUCCACUACGGCGUACACGCCUGCGAGGGCUGUAAGGGCUUCUUCCGACGCACCAUUCGUAUGAAGCUGGAGUACGAUCGCUGCGACCGCACCUGCAAGAUUCAGAAGAAGAGCCGAAACAAGUGCCAAUACUGCCGCUUCCAGAAAUGCCUCGCACUCGGCAUGUCCCAUGACGCCAUCCGGUACGGACGGAUGCCAGAGGCUGAGAAGAAGAAGCUGGUGGCUGGACUGCUGGCUGGUGAGCACAGCCACCAGAGUCACCAGAAUCCCGGCGGGUCUGACCUGAAGUCCCUAGCCAAGAACGUCAACAUCGCCUACCAGAAGAACCUCAACAUGACGAAGAAGAAGGCCCGCAGCAUCCUCACCGGCAAAACCAGCUGCACCUCGCCAUAUGUCAUCCACGAUAUGGACUCGCUGUGGCAGGCUGAGAACGGCCUGGUGUGGAACCAGCUCAACGGCGCGCCGCCCAAUAAGGAGAUCGGCGUCCACGUGUUUUACCGCUGCCAGUGCACCACCGUUGAGACGGUCAGGGAACUGACGGAGUUCGCCAAAAACAUCCCAGGCUUUGGGGACCUCUUCCUCAAUGACCAGGUGACGCUGCUGAAGUAUGGCGUUCACGAGGCCAUCUUCUCCAUGCUGCCGUCGCUCAUGAACAAGGACGGCCUGCUGGUGGCCAACGGGAAGGGCUUCGUCACGCGGGAGUUCCUGCGCAGCCUCCGCAAGCCCUUCAGCGAGAUCAUGGAGCCCAAGUUUGAGUUUGCCGUCAAGUUCAACGCCCUGGAGCUGGACGACAGCGACCUCGCUCUGUUUGUGGCCGCCAUUAUACUGUGUGGAGACCGGCCAGGCUUGAUAAACGUCAAGCAGGUGGAGCAGUUCCAAGAUGGCGUCCUGCAGGCCCUGGACCAGCACUUGCAGCUGCACCACCCUGACUCGCACCACCUCUUCCCUAAGCUGCUGCAGAAGAUGGCCGACCUGCGGCAGCUGGUCACCGAGAACGCUCAGCUGGUGCAGAUGAUCAAAAAGACUGAGUCUGAAACUUCGCUCCACCCGCUCCUGCAGGAGAUCUACAAGGACAUGUACUAAAUGCUGACCUACAUGUGAACUGCACUCGCACUAAAGCGUGGGACGAACUGGACCUUGGACGGAGGAGUUCAGACUCAUGCGCAGAAUUGGGAAUGAUUUUUUAAAAAUGUUAUUUUAGUGAUUAUGGAUAUUGAAUUUCACAGACACUGUCCUUUUUCUUUUAAAUGGACCACAUUUAUUCCACAGACAUUUCUACCUGAAGGAGGUUUCUUCUCAAAGUUACAGCCCUUACAUCCCUCCUGUUCAUCACCCUCAAGAUAAAUGAGUGGGUUUUUUUUUUUUUUUUGCGGGGGAUGAUUCAGGGUCAUAUAUUUUUUAAUGUUAAUAAUGUCCUUAAAAUGUUAAUCAUGUUUUCCAUUAUGGUUAUAAGCUUAGAGAAGAAACUAGUUGAGUUGCUAGUAGGUGACCGUGGUUACCCUACGCUGUAGAUCGGGAUGUUGAGUAGCACUGUGCUGAUUUUUCUCCUAUCACUUUCUUAAGUGUCUCAGAGUUAAUAACGUAAUGUAAAAGCACACAGACAGAAAGAUGAAAAUGUUUGUUCUGGUAAAAAUAACAUCACUAUUUUGAUCCUACCUCAGAUCAGUAUGGUGACGUUAUUGACGGUAACACACACCUCACCUCGCUCGUUUGUUUUAAUACUUGUGUAACAGUUUUGGAAAUCCAGUUAUAGCAAGAUGCCCAAAACAUUGUUUCAAAAUUGUUUGAUGUUAACAUUGGCCGUUUCCCCUCACCAAAACGGUAGUGCAAACAAUAGAAUUCGGAAAUCAUUAUCAAAACCCAAGUGGCUGCUUGUGGUAUCCAACAAAGUUACGUAAACAUAAAAAAAAAUUGUCAGUGGAAUGGUACACCCAUGUCAAAACUAGGUGCUGUUUAUCCAAUGAAACGGCACACGCAGAACACAUUUCAACUAGAUUGUGUGGCUGGACCUAAGUGUUUGUAUGAAAAUAUAUUUAAGAACUGUUAGCCCUGAGCAUGUUUACAAGCAGGGGACUUAAAAGGGAAGAAGAGAGGGGUGGAGCUCGACAAGGAGGAAGAAGGUAAAGGAUCCUUUGCUGUGGAUCAACUGAAUCCAGGACAUGUAAUGAAGCUGGUCCUGGACAUGGCACAACGGACGCUGACUGGGAUCCGGCUCCCGUAGACAUGCUGCACAAGACUUAAAACACACAUUUUAUCACUGUGAUCUAUGCAGAGUUACAACUGACUUACACUUUUUACAUUUUCUCAUUAAAAAAAAGAAAAAAGA